ACUAUCGAUUUUACUUUCACAAAUAAAAGUACAUUUUUUACAUUAUAAAUAUCCAUACACAUGGGCCAAAAUCCAAUAAGCAUAAUGGGCACGAACGACUGGGCUCUAAUUCCGAGCCCAAAUAUUUAAUUUGUGAUAGAUAAAUUGUUUCCUUCCUAAUUCAUCUCUGUUGCAAUUUCAAAUUUCCGGUUAAUCGGCGGUCGAUUUUGCCGAUUAAACGCCAUUAUCUCCGACUAUCGGAGCCGUUUUUAAAGCCUGAGAACUGAAAACUCAUACGAGAGAAUACCUUCCAAAAGAACUGAAGAAAUAGACAAAGAGGGUUUAUCGACGAGUAUUCCUCAGUGAAAAGCAAUGAGUGCAGGAGGUGCAUUUGAUGGAAAUAGAGGAGCAAGACCAGUGCCACCAGAAAAAGGAGUUUUCCCUUUGGACCAUAUGCAUCUGUGUGACCUGGAAAAGAAAGAGUACAUUAAAUGUUUAAAGACUGAGGGCCAUAAAUCUGAUAAAUGUAGACAAUUCUCCAAGAAGUACCUGGAGUGUCGUAUGAAAAAGAAUUUGAUGGCAAAGCAAGAUAUGUCAGAACUUGGAUUUGGGAGAGGAGAUGAAUUGCAAGCGCCUCCUAAUGAAGAUUAGGAUGGACUGAGAGAUAAAUGAAGAGCACAUUCUCAAAGUCGAUGUCUUUUUUCGACACGAAAACAUUAUUUUCCCCUUUUUUUUUGAAUGUAUUGACGUUGAGGCGCAUCGAGAAAUGGUAGAGUUCUCGUGUGAGACAUGUCAAUGCCCGGAUCCAAACUCAUAUUGUAGUGACAUAUUUUUUAUUAUAUUGGUCUUUGUAAUUACAAAGAUGUCAUUGUAUGUGAGUUUGGAUAUGAACCCAUCUCAUUAUAUUGUAAGAAGACCCCGCACAAGUUUCAAGAAAAUGUUAGCCCCCAAUAUUUGAGCCA